GAACCGGCUUUUCCUUUUUUCCUGCAGCGUGAUUGGCCCGUGGCUCAGCGAGGCGGCCAAUGAGCGCGCUCCGAGAGAGCAGCGAGGCCAAUAUGGCUUCCAGCACCUGGAGACGGUUGGAGGAAUUGACUUAGGUCUCAUGGAGAAGCCCCGGGGUAUUGAGGAGACCCGGUCUUCAGAACCAAUGGAGGAAGAAGAGGAAGAUGAUGACUUGGAGCUGUUUGGUGGCUAUGAUAGUUUCCGGAGUUAUAACAGCAGUGUGGGCAGUGAGAGCAGCUCCUACCUGGAGGAGUCAAGUGAAGCAGAAAAUGAGGAUCGGGAAGCUGGGGAGCUGCCCACCUCCCCGCUGCAUUUGCUCAGCCCUGGGACUCCUCGCUCCUUGGAUGGCAGUGGUUCUGAGCCAGCUGUCUGUGAGAUGUGUGGUAUCGUGGGGACAAGGGAAGCCUUCUUCUCCAAGACGAAGAGGUUCUGCAGUGUGUCCUGCUCCAGGAGCUACUCCUCGAACUCCAAGAAAGCCAGUAUCUUGGCUAGAUUACAGGGGAAACCCCCUACCAAGAAAGCCAAAGUCCUGCACAAGGCGGCCUGGUCUGCCAAAAUUGGAGCCUUCCUCCACUCACAGGGGACAGGACAGUUAGCAGAUGGGACACCAACAGGACAAGAUGCUCUGGUCUUGGGCUUCGACUGGGGGAAGUUCCUGAAGGAUCACAGUUACAAGGCUGCUCCUGUCAGCUGUUUUAAACAUGUCCCACUCUAUGACCAGUGGGAGGAUGUGAUGAAGGGGAUGAAGGUGGAGGUGCUCAACAGUGACGCCGUGCUCCCCAGCCGGGUGUACUGGAUUGCCUCUGUCAUUCAGGCGGCAGGGUACCGGGUCCUGCUCCGGUAUGAAGGCUUUGAAAAUGACGCCUCCCAUGACUUCUGGUGCAACCUGGGAACCGUGGAUGUCCACCCCAUCGGCUGGUGCGCCAUCAACAGCAAGAUCCUAGUGCCCCCUCGGACUAUCCAUGCCAAGUUCACCGACUGGAAGGGCUACCUCAUGAAACGGUUGGUGGGCUCCAGGACACUUCCCGUGGAUUUCCACAUCAAGAUGGUGGAGAGCAUGAAGUACCCCUUUCGGCAGGGCAUGCGGCUAGAGGUAGUAGACAAGUCCCAGGUAUCACGGACCCGCAUGGCUGUGGUAGACACAGUAAUUGGGGGUCGCCUGCGGCUCCUUUAUGAGGAUGGCGACAGUGAUGACGACUUCUGGUGCCACAUGUGGAGCCCCCUGAUCCACCCAGUGGGUUGGUCCCGGCGUGUUGGCCACGGCAUUAAGAUGUCAGAGAGGCGAAGCGACAUGGCCCAUCAUCCCACCUUCCGGAAAAUCUACUGUGAUGCCGUUCCUUACCUGUUCAAGAAGGUACGGGCUGUCUACACAGAAGGCGGUUGGUUUGAAGAGGGGAUGAAACUGGAAGCCAUUGACCCCCUGAAUCUGGGCAACAUCUGCGUGGCAACCAUCUGCAAGGUUCUCCUGGACGGCUACCUAAUGAUCUGUGUGGACGGGGGGCCCUCCACAGAUGGCUCGGACUGGUUCUGCUACCACGCCUCCUCCCAUGCCAUCUUCCCAGCCACCUUCUGCCAGAAGAAUGACAUUGAGCUCACACCCCCAAAAGGGCACGAGACACAGACUUUCAACUGGGAGAACUACUUGGAGAAGACCAAGUCGAAAGCUGCUCCAUCGAGACUGUUCAACAUGGACUGCCCCAAUCAUGGCUUCAAGGUGGGCAUGAAGCUGGAGGCUGUGGACCUGAUGGAGCCCCGGCUCAUCUGCGUGGCCACGGUGAAACGGGUGGUGCAUCGGCUCCUCAGCAUCCACUUUGAUGGCUGGGACAGCGAGUACGACCAGUGGGUAGACUGCGAGUCCCCGGACAUCUACCCCGUCGGCUGGUGUGAGCUUACUGGCUACCAGCUCCAGCCACCUGUGGCCGCAGAACCAACCACACCUCUGAAGGCCAAAGAGGCUGUAAAGAAGAAAAAGAAACAGUUUGCAAAGAAAAGGAAAAGAAGCCCUCCGACCAAGACGCGGCCCCUCAGACAGGGGUCCAAGAAGCCCCUGCUGGAGGACGACCUGCAGGCUGCAGGGAAGAUCUCAUCAGAGCCCAUUUCAGAUGAGAUCAUUGCUGUCCAAGUGAAGGAAGAGCAUCUAGACGUGGCCUCGCCUGACAAGACUCCAAGUUCAGAGAUGCCUGUCUCCAUUGAGAACAUCAAGCAGGAGACAGAAGACUGAGCCUUCUGCUGCCAGCCAGGCCCCUAGCCAGAAGCCAGCCCAGGGUUAUGGAGCAGAGGGGAGGCCCAGGGCUUCUCUGCGGCCACCAUCCCUCUACCCACUUUAGUUUGGAGACUGAACCUUUGUGCGUAACUUCUGCCUGGUGCGUAAAGGCUGGGCACAGAAGGACCAGCCUGGGGCUCCUUUGACCCACCUCCUGCCUCUGCCCUCUUCAUGGCAAGGCCCACGUGACCUGAGGCCCCCAAACUCAUCUGUGAACGCCUCCCUCUCCGGCCUGAGCUCCUGCAGCUGGAAUGCCCUCUGCCCGGACUCUGCUCCUCCUCACAGGAGCACUCUCCACCCCCACCACACCCCUCAACUGCCCGGGGUGGAGCUGCCCCAGUCACACUGGAAGACAAGACAGCGAACUGUGUGUUUGCCCAAGCAAGUUCAUGUAAAUAAAGUUCUGAAGCAGUUCUCUGA